ACCUGCGACACAAGGAAGGACGCCAGGCCGACGGCGCGCGUGAUUGAUCUUGGCUAUGCCCGGGACAUCGGAGCAGUCCUCUCGGGCGAUGAGGUGGCACACGGCGAGCUGUGGGCAGAGGAGUCAAGCACGGGAUGUCGGAGACGCAAUUUCGCUGCUGAAGGCCUCAAAAAAUCUCUCAAAGAUGGGCGGUGGGACUUCGUCA